AUGCCUGCGGUGCAGGAGAAGAGGAAGCUCCCCUUUGGCAAGAUCGAGCCGUAUUCCGCGAAAUAUUUCUGGAGCUGUGCUCUGGGAGGGGUUAUUGGUGAUAUUUCGGGCCUGAUGAUUGACACAGGACCAACGCAUACGGCCAUCACUCCCCUUGACUUGGUAAAAUGUCGUCGUCAGGUUGAUCCCAACAUCUACACCUCCAACGUCUCCGCAUGGCGCCAGAUCUACGCCAAAGAAGGCCUGCGUGGCGUCUUCUUCGGUUGGUCCCCGACCUUCGUGGGUUACUCGUUCCAGGGAGCAGGAAAAUACGGCUUUUAUGAGGUGUUCAAGUACCUCUAUGGUGAGAGGCUGUUCCCCAACUGCAACCGCACCUUGGUCUUCCUCGGUGCUAGCGCAUCGGCCGAGUUCCUUGCGGAUGUCGCGCUCUGCCCGUACGAAGCGGUCAAGGUCCGCAUGCAGACGACGCUCCCUCCCUACGCGCAUACCCUCUGCGAUGGAUGGCGCAAGGUCGUGGCUCAGGAGGGCAUCAGCGGGCUGUACAAGGGUCUCUACCCGCUCUGGGCCCGGCAGAUCCCGUACACGAUGACCAAGUUCGCUACCUUUGAGGAGACGGUAAACCUGAUCUAUAAGACCCUGGGCAAGCCCAAGGAGAGCUACAGCGGGGCCGUGCAGACUGGAAUCAGUUUCCUGGGUGGUUAUCUCGCUGGUAUUCUCUGUGCCAUCGUCAGCCAUCCUGCAGAUGUCAUGGUCAGCAAGCUAAAUGCCGACCGAAAGGCUGGGGAAUCCGCCAUGACGGCCGUGUCAAGGAUCUACGGUAACAUUGGUUUCACGGGGCUGUGGAACGGUCUCGCCGUCAGAAUAGUCAUGCUAGGAACUUUGACGGGCUUCCAAUGGUUGAUCUAUGACUCUUUCAAGGUGUUCCUUGGCCUUCCCACGACUGGCGGUCACUAA